UGUUUUCUUUUUUGUCUGAUGGUGAACAGGGUGAAUAAUCCCACCCUGACGGAGGUCUUGGAACAGGUGGUGCUGCUUCCUCAGAAUGUCCACAUGGCUGUUCGUUACACCAGCAUUGAACUGGUGGGCGAGAUGAGUGAGGUGGUGGACAGAAAUCCUCGCUUCCUCGACCCAGUGCUGAACUACCUGAUGAAGGGCCUGCGGGAGAAAUCUCUGGCGUCGGCAGCAGCCAAAGCCAUCCACAACAUCUGCUCGGUGUGCAGAGAUCACAUGGCUCAGCACUUCCACGGCCUGCUGGACAUUGCUCGAUCCCUGGACUCCUUCGCUUUGUCUACAGAGGCAGCCAUUGGUCUACUCAAAGGUACGGCACUCGUCCUUGCUCGUCUUCCUCUGGAGAAGAUCGCAGAGUGCCUGAGUGACCUGUGCGCUGUGCAGGUCGUGGCCCUCAAAAAGCUGCUGGUGGACGAACCGUCCGGUGGGAAGGCGGCUGAUCCCACAGUGUGGCUCGACAGACUGGCUGUCAUUUUCCGGCACACGAACCCGGAGGUGGAGAACGGACAAACACACCCCUGUCAGAAAGUCAUCCAGGAAAUUUGGCCUGUCCUCUCACAGACUUUGAAUACGCACCAGGCUGAUAACCGAAUUGUGGAGCGUUGCUGCCGCUGCCUUCGAUUUGCUGUGCGAUGUGUCGGUAAAGGAUCUGCGUCACUGCUGCAGCCGCUGGUUACUCAGAUGGUGAGUGUGUACCAGGUCUAUCCUCACUCCUGUUUCCUGUACCUUGGGAGCAUCUUGGUGGAUGAGUACGGCAUGGAGGAGGGCUGCCAGCAGGGUCUGCUGGACAUGCUGCAGGCUCUGUGCAUGCCCACCUUCCAGCUGCUGGAACAGCCCAACGGCCUGAGGAACCACCCUGACACAGUGGACGACCUCUUCAGACUCGCCACCAGGUUUGUUCAGAGGAGUCCGGUCACUUUGCUCGGGAGCAACAUCAUUGUUCACAUCAUCCAGUGUGCCAUCGCUGCCACCUCACUGGACCAUCGAGACGCCAACUGCAGCGUGAUGAAGUUUGUCCGAGACCUGAUCCACACGGGCGUGGUGAAUGAUCAUGAGGAGGACUUUGAGGUGAGAAAGCAGCUGAUUUGCCAGGCCAUGGAGCAGCACGGGCAGCAGCUGGUAACCCAGCUUAUGCAGUCAUGCUGCUUCUGUUUACCUGCGUACACGUUGCCAGAUGUGGCCGAGGUCCUGUGGGAGGUCAUGGUGUUCAACAGGCCGAUUUUCUGCCGCUGGCUGGAAAAUGCUCUGAAGGGUCUUCCCAAAGAGACGACGGGCGGAGCGGUGACGGUUACGCACAAGCAGCUGACCGACUUCCACAAGCAGGUCACCAGUGCUGAGGAGUGUAAGCAGGUGUGCUGGGCCAUCCGGGAAUUCACCAGGUUGUUCCGAUAGCCACCAUCUUUCCACAAUGCCAGG